AUGAGGCUAAUCCAGGCCCACAUGGAGUUAGGAAACAAAUGGGCCCAAAUCGCGGAAGUACUCCCGGGCCGGACCGAGAACAGCAUCAAAAACCACUGGAACGCCACAAAAAGGCGACAGGUCAAUUCCGCCAGGAGGAACUACCGCUUCCCUGAGCCCUCCGCCGCCCUCAAGAACUACAUCGACGCCGUCACCUCGCCGUCCUCGCCGUCAAUUCAAUCUCCUGCGUCGUCCAGUUUGGCGACGAAUGGCGGCUCGUCCAUCGGAUCUCCGUCCGAGGAAGCUUCUGAGGCGCCUGCCACCGGCGUAAUGAAUGAACUGAGCGAGGCGGCGGAGCAGCCGUUCGAUUUCGGUGGCGGCAGCGAUUCGGGGUACGGAGCGGGCGGGUUCGGGUCUGAUAUGGAGAUUGAUGGAUUUUCGGUUGCUGAUUUCGAUUAUUCGAAUUUGGUUGGGAUGUCGAUUGAUGGUUACAACGGCGAGGUGGAGGGUGACGGGACGGUGAGGGCCGGCGACGGCGGGGAAGAGGUGGAGGGGAUGAGUUGGCAGGAUAUUCUGAAUAGCCAAGUUUAA